AAUAUAGCAAUGGAGUCAGCGCGCAUCUGAAACAAGAGCCUCGAGUGGUACUGUGAAUUUCCAGUCUGGAUUGCACUGCACUGAAAACAAGUGCACGCAGAUUUCAGCCAGUAAGGCCCACAGAAAGCUGACCGGUUCGAAAAGGACCACAACGUAACUACUGCCGAGUGUAGGGCAAGAAAAGGCAACAAAUUUCAUCCACUUCUUGAAGAAGACAUUGAAUACGACGGAGAUUCCAAAAUGGCUGGAUACUACCUUUCCCAGCGACUCACACCGUACGAAAGAAUGAUGAAUGAAGAACGGGGUCUCGGAAUGGCUGACCCGAGAGCCGAGAUCCACGAGAAAGUGCAGCAAGCAGGAAUCCCUCUUAUCCAGGAAAAUGACUACCAGAUCGUUGAGAACGGCCUGGUGGGAACUGGAACCUUUGGGAAGGUCUAUAAGGGCAAGUAUGAUGAUGAUGAGGUGGCUGUCAAGGAGAUUCAGAUGGGGAGGAAAGUCAAGCUGACGGACCACCAGAUCCGAGAAAUACAAAUCCACGGGCUGCUACCUGGUCACAAGAACGUCGCCAGUCUGCUCGCAGUGUCUAUCGGGAAGAAUCUGAGAAUGAUCUGCAACUUCAUCGACGGCAGAAGUCUGGACGAGAUCAUAUUCGAAGAGGACGAAAUUCCUAAACUCCUCAAGCCCGUGCAGAUCCCGGCCCAUGAGGAACCGUACGUGGCCCUGCAGAUAGCAGAGGGAGUGGCGCACCUUCACGACUGUGGCAUCAUCCACCGGGACCUCAAGCCCGAAAACGUCAUGGUUGAUACAAAAAGACACGCCUACAUCUGUGACCUGGGGACGGCCAAGGUUGAGCAGCACAACAACCUGUCCGUGAUAGAGAGCAUGAUAAAGCCGGGAAGUCCCAUCUUUCUCGCUCCAGAAUGCUCCGUGGACGGCCUGGACGCUGAUUAUUCUUCGGACAUUUGGUCCUUGGGUUGCACUUUGGCAGAGCUCUUCGCACGUGAAGAAAUCUGGGAGACGGAGGACAUCGAGUUCGAACUUAAGAGGAACCUUAAGGACAGGAAGGAACCCGACGGCUUGAAGGAUGUUAGGGAACCAUUCAACUCCCUUGUCAGGAAACUGCUAAGUUACGACCCGAAGAACAGAAUAACUGCCUUCGACGCCGUCAGGGAGUUGCAGAAGACGUUUGACUGGAAGAAGUACGAACAGUAUAAGGACCUCACCAGUAAGCCUGGAUUCAGGAAGAGGAGGGCUCUCAGUGCUCCAAACUAGAUAUACCAAACAGGGCUGGACUCUUGUUGAUAAGAUGGUAUAUUUACGUAUACAUUGAUUACUAGCAGCACGUACAGAAAACAUUGGAGCGUAUACGGCCCCGGUUCGCGUAUACAAAGAAUCGUCACGCCUGCAUUUUCGUCCACAUGUA